AUGAAUGAACCUCUUUAUGUGAUAUUUCAGCGAAAACCAACUGGCAUUGUUCAUUGUAUCCGGGUGGAUGGCAGUAUUACUGAGGUGGUUGAAGGUAUUGCUGAGGUGGUUGAAGGUAUUGCUGAGGUGGUUGAAGGUAUUGCUGAGGUGGUUGAAUGUAUUACUGAGGUGGUUGAAGGUAUUGCUGAGGUGGUUGAAUGUAUUGCUGAGGUGGUUGAAUGUAUUGCUGAGGUGGUUGAAGGUAUUACUGAGGUGGUUGAAUGUAUUACUGAGGUGGUUGAAUGUAUUGCUGAGGUGGUUGAAUGUAUUGCUGAGGUGGUUGAAGGUAUUACUGAGGUGGUUGAAGGUAUUACUGAGGUGGUUGAAGGUAUUACUGAGGUGGUUGAAGGUAUUGCUGAGGUGGUUGAAUGUAUUGCUGAGGUGGUUGAAUGUAUUACUGAGGUGUUUGAAGGUAUUGCUGAGGUGGUUGAAGGUAUUACUGAGGUGGUUGAAGGUAUUACUGAGGUGGUUGAAUGUAUUGCUGAGGUGGUUGAAGGUAUUACUGAGGUGGUUGAAGGUAUUGCUGAGGUGGUUGAAUGUAUUACUGAGGUGGUUGAAGGUAUUACUGAGGUGGUUGAAGGUAUUACUGAGGUGGUUGAAGGUAUUACUGAGGUGGUUGAAGGUAUUGCUGAGGUGUUUGAAGGUAUUACUGAGGUGGUUGAAUGUAUUGCUGAGGUGGUUGAAUGUAUUACUGAGGUGGUUGAAGGUAUUACUGAGGUGGUUGAAGGUAUUGCUGAGGUGGUUGAAUGUAUUACUGAGGUGUUUGAAGGUAUUGCUGAGGUGGUUGAAGGUAUUGCUGAGGUGGUUGAAGGUAUUACUGAGGUGGUUGAAGGCAUUACUGAGGUGGUUGAAGGUAUUACUGAGGUGGUUGAAUGUAUUGCUGAGGUGGUUGAAUGUAUUACUGAGGUGGUUGAAGGUAUUACUGAGGUGGUUGAAUGUAUUACUGAGGUGGUUGAAUGUAUUACUGAGGUGGUUGAAGGUAUGGCUGUGGUGGUUGAAUGUACUGGGGUGGUUGAAUGUAUUGCUGAGUGGUUGAAUGUAUUGGGGUGGUUGAAUGUAUUGCUGAGUGGUUGA